AUGGAAACAGUCUCGUUUUCCAAAUGCCUCUUCACAUUCUUCUUCCUUUUCAUCUCAAUCUCUCAACUCACUCACUCCACUGUUACCUAUGACAGAAAAUCCAUUCUCAUCAAUGGACAAAGAAGAAUCCUCUUCUCUGGUUCUAUACAUUAUCCCAGAAGCACCCCUGAUAUGUGGGAAGAUCUGAUCCUAAAGGCUAAACAAGGUGGUAUUGAUGUCAUUGAAACUUAUGUUUUCUGGAAUGUUCAUGAACCUUCUCCAAACAAUUACAAUUUUGAAGGAAGAUAUGAUCUGGUGAAAUUCAUAAAGACAAUUCAGAAAUCUGGACUCUAUGCUAAUCUUCGCAUUGGACCUUAUGUUUGUGCUGAAUGGAAUUUCGGAGGAUUUCCGGUUUGGUUGAAGUAUGUUCCAGGCAUAAGCUUUAGAACAGACAAUGAACCUUUCAAGAGGGAGAUGCAAAGGUUCACCGAGAAGAUUGUCGGAUUGAUGAAGAGCGAGCAGCUAUUUGAAUCACAGGGUGGCCCUAUCAUUCUCUCUCAGAUUGAGAAUGAGUAUGGGCCACAGGGUAAGAUACAGGGAGCUGCUGGGCAAAAUUAUAUGAAUUGGGCAGCAAAAAUGGCUGUAGAGAUGGGAACUGGAGUCCCUUGGUUGAUGUGUAAGGAAGAUGAUGCACCAGAUCCAGUGAUCAACACAUGUAAUGGCUUUUAUUGCGACAAGUUUACUCCGAAUAGACCCUAUAAGCCUACAAUGUGGACUGAAGCUUGGAGUGGAUGGUUUACAGAAUUUGGAGGUCCAAUUCAUAAAAGACCGGUCCAAGAUUUGGCGUUUGCGGUUGCGCGAUUUGUAACUAGAGGAGGGUCAUUUGUAAACUACUACAUGUAUCAUGGAGGAACCAAUUUUGGACGAACCGCAGGAGGCCCUUUCGUCGCUACUAGUUAUGACUAUGAUGCUCCACUAGAUGAAUAUGGUUUGAUUAGGCAGCCAAAAUAUGGUCAUCUUAGGGAGCUUCAUAGAGCUAUCAAGAUGUGCGAGCGAGCUUUGGUUUCAACCGAUCCAAUCGUUACUUCAUUAGGGAGCUCCCAACAGGCUCAUGUAUACUCUACGGAAUCUGGAGAUUGUUCUGCUUUUCUCUCAAACUACGAUUCAAAAUCCGCAGCUACAGUUAUGUUCAAUAAUAUGCAUUAUAACUUACCCCCUUGGUCCGUCAGCAUCCUCCCGGAUUGUAGAAAUGCCGUCUUUAAUACAGCAAAAGUCGGAGUGCAAACAUCUCAAAUGCAAAUGUUACCGACAAAUACUCAGAUGUUCUCGUGGCAGAGUUUUGAUGAAGAUGUUUCUUCUCUGGAUGAUAGCUCCACACUCACUGCACCCGGUCUUUUGGAACAAAUAAACGUAACGCGAGAUGCAACUGAUUAUCUUUGGUAUACAACUAGUGUUGAUAUAGGUUCAUCCGAAUCCUUUCUACAUGGAGGCGAACUCCCGACUCUCAUUGUUCAGUCCACAGGCCAUGCUGUUCAUGUUUUCAUCAACGGUCAACUUUUCAGUUCUACAUAUGGAACAAGGGAGUAUCGAAGAUUCAUGCAUAUCGGCAAAGUAAACUUUCGUGCUGGAACAAACAGAAUAGCUCUUCUCAGUGUUGCAAUCGGCCUUCCUAAUGUGGGAGUACAUUUUGAGUCAUGGAGCACAGGAAUCCUAGGUCCGGUCGUAAUCCACGGACUCGACCAAGGAAAAUGGGACUUGUCGCAUCAGAAAUGGACUUAUCAGGUUGGACUGAAAGGUGAGGCCAUGAAUCUUGCAUCUCCUAAUAGUAUCUCGUCUGUCGAGUGGAUGCAAUCAGCAAUAGUUGUACAAAGAAAUCAACCAUUGACAUGGCACAAGACUAAUUUCGAUAUACCUGAAGGAGAUGAGCCACUAGCAUUGGAUAUGGAGGGUAUGGGUAAAGGUCAAAUAUGGAUUAAUGGUGAGAGUAUUGGAAGAUACUGGACUUCAUUUGCUGUCGGUAAUUGCAAUAAUGAGUGUAACUAUGCCGGACAGUUUAGACCUCAAAAGUGUCAGGUCGGUUGCGGCCAACCGACCCAACGAUGGUACCAUGUUCCUCGAUCAUGGUUGAAGCCGACUCAAAACCUAUUGGUUAUUUUCGAGGAACUCGGUGGAGAUCCUUCAAAGAUUUCACUUGUAAAGAGAUCAGUAAGCAGUGUCUGCGCCGAUGUGUUAGAGUUCCACCCAUUUAUUAAAAAUUGGCGCAUUGAAAGCUACGGUAAGUCCGGAGAAUUCCGCCCACCAAAGGUUCACUUGCAAUGUAGUCCUGGCCAGACCAUCACUUCCAUUAAAUUUGCAAGCUUCGGAACUCCUCUCGGGUCUUGCGGAAAUUACAAGCAAGGAGCUUGCCAUUCUCCUUCAUCCUAUGCCAUUUUAUCAAAGAGAUGCGUAGGGAAGCCAAGAUGCAUAGUUACCGUAUCAAACAGCAAUUUCGGGCAAGACCCGUGUCCGAGGGUGAUGAAGCGGUUAUCAGUUGAAGCUGUUUGUGCUCCCGAUACCACAAAUUGGAGGGGCUAA